AUGUUGACUUUCAAACAAAGUGUUAUUCUUUUAGUCAGUAUCAUUACGGUACUGGCUAUUAUUGCUAUAAUCACUGGUCUUUCUCCACUUUAUUGGCCACGUCCAAAAACUUUAUCAAACGAAAAUAAUACAUCGGUAGUUGUCAUGGGAAAGAAAACCAAUUCAUCAAAUUUAAAAACACAGUUGGCUACUCGACUCAAAGUAGUUACAAAGAAAAUUCUUGAAUUAACAACUGUUAAAAUUAACAGUACAUCGUCCAUGAUGCCAAAUUUAGCUGUAGCAAAUACUACUAUUAUUGAAUAA